CGCUCUUGAGACGUACACAUUAUCACUGCCAUGGUUUCAUUCUUGUCGUUCUAUGAAGAUUUGGAUUAGUGAACUACACACAAAUAAACAAACAAGCUUUAAAUAUAUAUCAAUUAUUUUUUUUACCUACAAUGUACACAGACGCCAUUUUUGAUCAGGAGCUCGACCAGACAGUUCCAUGUACACCUGAGCGCAGCACAUUAGAAGACAUGUUCUGUCAUGAUGGAGACGCCAGCACAUUAGAAGACAUGUUCUGUCAAGAUGGAGACGCCAGCUCAACUGAUUUUUUCUUGCCCAGCAAGUCAUCCAACAUAUCCGUAUUACCAGAGUUAGCCUCAGGUGCACACAGAUCGCACUCAGGUGCACACAGAUCGCACUCAGGUGCACACAGAUCGCACUCAGGUGCACACAGUGUAUGGCCAGGUGUUCAACUCAGUCCAUUUCCUAGCCACACAUACAGUGCUUCUGAGCUUUCCACAAGUGAAGACUUGACUAGCCCCGCCACUAACACUGCCACUAGUCCCGCCACUGGCCAUGACCUAAUGAGAUUCCACUCAAUGUGGUCAGACAGUGUGCCAUCUCUACUGCAGUCAUCGCCAGUAAAAUAUGACUUAAGUCACCGACCCAAGAGUGACAGUGUUGCGUGGUCUGACGACGAGGGUCGAACAGGGUAUAGAGAUGACGUCAUGAAACUGGACACACCCGAUAGGGUUUGCCUGACGCCACUCCACGCAAACAACCAGUGCACCAGUGCACUAGACUCGCCCUGCAGUAGUUCCCCUAAUUUUCAACGGUGCGCCUGGGUGCACCGCGCACAGAUGACGUCACCGCCCACCAUGUCGAGUGCCGCCUUGACUGGCGGAGCCAGUAAACAACCCCCGAGCUACGCCCAGCACAUACAGGCCCAGGGUAGGGAGGUGCCCAGCAGCCCCGACCCCCAGGGUGGGGACGUGGCGACCGACAAUCUGCUAGAUGACAUCAUGGAAUGUAUUCAAGAUGGCGGCUUUUCUCAAGCUUACCUUGACCUACACACUUCGGCAAGCACUGACGUCAGCACGAGAGGGCGAGAAGUGACGUCACUGUCCACAUUCAAGAAGGUGGACGCAGGAGAGAGAAUGAGGGAGCUGGCGGCGGUCAUCCUGGCAGGGAGCGGGCAGGUACAGCUGUGGCAGUUCUUGCUGGAGCUGCUAGCUGAGAGCUGUAACGAGAGCUGUAUCAAGUGGCUGGGCAACAAGGGCGAGUUCCGCAUGGUUGACCCUGAGGAAGUGGCUAGGAGGUGGGGCAUCAGGAAAAACAAGCCCAACAUGAACUACGACAAAGUGAGCCGGGCCAUGAGAUACUACUACGAUAAGGCCAUCUUGUCCAAGGUCCAUGGCAAGCGCUACACCUAUCGUUUCAACUUCCACGUCAUUGCCUCCACCCAGCACAAGGGCGUGGCCAACACAUCGGACUUUGCCCAACUGCUGACUCAGAUCACCAGCCCGCCAUCUGCCCACAAGUGCACGUCACACCGCGAAUGUCCAACAAUACAUCACACAACCUCAACCCGAGCCAACAUUUACGACCGUCUAGACGGCAACUUCCCCAACUUCUGUCCAGAUGUCAGUGACGUCAUCAGCAACUUGACCUCUGAAGCUCCGAGUAAGAGACAUCCAACACCCGAUCUUAUGACGGACCAAGAACUGAGUAUACAAUGUGAUUAUUUCAGUCAGACAAACGUGAAGGACACACAUUUGACCAACACAAACAUGACGGACACACAUUUGACCAACACAAACAUGACGGACAUACACCGCAUCCGUCACCAACCCAUGUCCACACCAGCAGAUUUGACACUCAGUCCUGACCCAGAUUUCUCCAUGACGGUUAAUGCAGCGUCAGCCGACUCCAGACGCAGACAAUGGGUUGUUGACUCCAGAUGCAGGCAGCCAGUUGAUGAGCAGAGAAGCCACUUGGGUGCUAUCCGCUGCGCCAGUCCCUACCAGAGACACCGGUCCUACUCAGACUUCCUGCAGCGCCGUGUCUCCACAGAGAAGCGCCACAGUCUCCCAGCCAAUCUCAGUUCCUCCAUUGACCUUCAACUCUACCCAGGUCAAGGCUGCUCUAGCAUCAGCAUGGAUCUUGUCGACAGCAACCAUAACAUAAAGUGGGGUCAGAGGUCAGCCAGUCAGCAGCUAGCAAGUCAGCAGCUAGCCAGCCAGCCUCUAGCUAGCCAGCAGCUAGCCAGUCAGCCUCUAGCCAGCCAGCAGCUAGCCAGCCAGCCUCUAGCUAGCCAGCAGCUAGCCAGCCACCAAAACAAACACUUGCCCGGCAGGUCAUCGCGACCCCACAGCUCAGAAAACGGGUUCCACUUAAACAGCGACCCAUCUGACACGGGCCCUGCAGCUAAUGGUGCCCAUCUGCCAACAGCCUGUUCUACUCCAUACAGCCUUGCCUUCUGCUGUUUUACGCCGGUAAAUUCUAUGGCUGUCUCUGUGAACAACAGAUGUACGGUGACGUCAUCAAACUUAUUCCAUAAUUCACAUAUAAGUGAUUAAUUAAUUGAUUACUGGUGUUUCAAUGAAGAGUAAGUUUUAAAAAAAAAAUAUCGAUCAACCUGUUAUAAUGUGAUAUUCUAAUGCACAAACACAGAAUACAAACAUUAAUACUAAAAGCAUAUUACUAUGUAAUAUAAUCAACGCAAAUCUAAAACUGUGAUUUAUAUCAAACACAUCAUUUCGUGUCAUAUCUUGUACCUAAUUUAUUUUUCAUGUUUUUUUGGCUUUCAGUGUGGCACUUAGUAAUUAUGUAGGCAGUUUAUCACUUGCGUUUUAACUGCAGUUUAAAAGUUUAGUCUUUUAUUUAAAAUAUCGUCCAUCGCCAUACCGAUUGUUGGGAAAAAAUUCACUGGCAAAAAAAGUCACAUAGGUAUACAUGCAUGGAAUUUGUUAAUCCUUUUAUCUCUUCAGAAAGUGUAAAUAAAAAUGUAAAGUAAACAUUUUAUAUAUAAAUGCGUAGGUUGCAUUUGUAUGGUAAUAUUUAUGACACACGUAAAACUAUUUACUUUAUUUAGUCUGAAGCAUUUAGGUUUAAAUUCCGUUAAAGAAUUCAAUUGAAUGCAAUGCUCCAACCUACUCAGUUUUCAUCGUGUUUUAAAAUACAAACAUUAAAUCGGCAUGAAAUGAGAAGAAGACACAGCUAAUAAGAUGUGCUGUCCUCUACUUAUCUUAAUGACAGGUCAGACACCUUUACUGCCCACAUGUAUCAUUCUAGUUACAUAACAAAGAAAAGACGAUGUGGACGGACGAAGCCGAGAUAGGAAAGGCCUACGGCAAAAACGCAAUGAUGUGCCUAAACUUGUGUAAUUUUAUUUUCCAACCAGGUAUUCAAACAUAAAUGUAAAAAAAAGUUAAGGAUGCUGUGUGAAUUAUCUUAAAGUAUUUUUUACUUAUUGUAAAGAUAAAAGCCAGAUUAUUAUUAAAAAUCAUAAUGCUUUUACAGUUUAUAAAUAUGUUACUAACUAAAAACAAUAUCCAUUAUUAUAAACAGCAAAAUAUUUUCAAUUCCAUCACGUAAAUCAAAAUAUUUCUUAACACACGUAUGUGACUUUAUUUCCGAUAAAAAAAAUUUGCUCUUUGACUUUUCUCUCUGUCAAAAACUGACUUUUUUCCUGUGACUUUUUUCCACUCACCCUUCAUAACAUAUCCAUACAAUCUCUUACCAUUCCUGUACCAUCUAGAUACCAACACCAUAACAUAUCCAUACAAUCUCUUACCAUUCCUGUACCAUCUAGAUACCAACACCAUAACAUAUCCAUACAAUCUCUUACCAUUCCUGUACCAUCUAUAUACCAACGCCAUAACAUAUCUACUACCAUCCAAGUACAGUUUUUAUAUGACCCUUACACCAUCCCCAAUCCAUCUCCAGACAAUCUUCAUACAAUCUCCAUACCAUCUUAUAAUCUUUAAUCUUCAUACCAUCCACUUACGCUUAAUAUACCAUCCCCAUGCCAUGUUUAAUACUUAACUUAAGUAUUAUACUUAAGUAUAACUGAGUAUAGCCGGAGUGAUAGGAUUCAUUGACCUAAAUCUUUGUAUGCGCCUAUUAAAUCAUCUUGUACAUAUCAAAUCGCCCAGUGUUACCUUCAACUUUAGAUAUUCUACAAAAUGUACAUUUGUUGGUUUUGUACUUUUAUAGGCCUAUUGAUUAUGUAAUUACUAUUGUUUAGUAUGUACAGUUAUUAAAUUAUCUUUAAAUUACCUUUGAUUUUUAAUAAUACAAAUUAUUUUUAUGUUAUUCGGUUUUUAUAUUUUGUUAUAUUGCUAUUUAGU